AUGGCAACCCCUCACAUCAUACGAAUCCCCAGGACCGACCAGGAGGGGGCUUACGUGCUCGGUCAAGUCACUCCUUCCGGAUCCAAGCCGCUCAACGUCAAGUUUGUGGCCACUGACGGAUACGCCCCAUUCAUAAUCAAGCUGAGGCACGACCGUAUUGGCGAAUACAGGGUCAGCAACAGCCCAUGCUCACCCGAAGAGUGGGAAGCAAUCUUGAAAUCUUUUCUUCUCAGAGGGGACCCGGUCGAGGGCAUCGAAGCUGGUGCUGAAGUCAAGUCGGAAGUGUCGCUCACUAUUACUGUCAGGAGACGAGUACAAGGUAUCAACCAACGCCUCGGAACUCUGGCCCUCAAGUACAAGGAGGAUGAAGAGGUCCAGCUCUUUGACUGGUGCGGAGCUGUUGCGUUGGAGCGGGAAAAGUUCCAAGAAACUGUGGCUACCGAAACGGCGAAAGUAACCGACUUGGAAGCUAGGAUCACGGAGCUCAGAAAUCAGCUGGACGAACUCACACAGGCAAAGAAGGAUAGGGAGUCGGAAAUCCUGGAGAAAUUCUGCGAUAUCCUCAACGAGAAGAAAGUUAAGAUUCGGGAGCAGCAGCGGUUGUUGGCUGCGGCGCGGCCAGGAUCUUCUGGCCAUGCUAUCUCGGCUCGUGUGGCGCAAGUUGCCAGCAGCCAAGCAGACAGGAAACCAGCGCCAUCACGACGAGCCAAGAGGAAGGCUUUGGAGGAUGCUUCGGGUGGAGGGUCGUCUGACUCGGAUGAUGGCUUUGCUCGGCCGGUUAGUGAUGCUGACAGGAUGGAUAUCGAUACGCCAGAGCCAGCCAAGGUCAGCGCCGAGGGUGAGGAUCGCCAGACCACCGAUGAUGACGCCACGGGUAGCGAGCCUGAUGGUGACGAGCCUAUUCCGCCGCCACGAGCUCAACCAAGGAAGCCUGCGCCAAAGAAGGACGGGGCGCUGCCUACGAGGCAUGAUUUGAGGAACAUGACGAAAAAGGAAGCCACUCCUCCACCGGGGAGUGAGACGGAUUCUGGUGAUGACGAGCUGUGA